UGCAAGUCUUUGUGAUUUUUUCGAAGUAGACGUACAGAGAGAGAGAGAGAGAGAGAGAGAGAGAGAAAAUUUAUAGAAAGAGAAAGUACACGCAGCUGAGAGGAGAGAAGAGGCUGGAUAAUCAUCCCUUGAUUCAAGAUCUAAAGGAGAUAAUCGAUUAUCGCUUCGAAUCUUCUUCGAAGAUUUCUUAUAGUUAAUCUAGAGAGAGAGGAAGAGUUUAAUUAUUCAAAGUACUUGGUUUCAUGAAUGAAACCCAAAGCACUCCAAUUUCUCGUGGGUUUUUUUCAUAAUUGAAUUCAAUUGCUCAAGUAGGGAACUGGGUUUUUUAUCUGGGUGAAUUUGGCGAACUGGGUCUUCUUCUGAUCCAGAAAGACUCAGUUUUUCUGAUGAGACAAUGGAGGAAAAUGCAGCAGCAUUGCACACUGCUAUAAACUCUGUGCAGGCAUUAGGGAGAGGCUUUGAUGUGAAUUUUGAUACGAGGUUACUCUACUGUAAAGGAGUGGCUGGGUCUAGGGUGGUCGAAGUUGAUGAAGAACACACUAGGGAUCUUUUACUCUAUGAGAACAUAGUUGUGCCAAAUGUUCCCAGGGACAUCAAGAACUGUCAGGAGGCCACAGGGCGUCAGAGCUCUGGGGUUUGCAGUUUCCCUGAGAUGGUGGAAUAUUUUAAUCAAAAGGCUAAUCUUUCCGGAAGUUUUCCUCUUGGUAGUUUUAAUUCUGCAUUUAGCUUCACUGGUGCAAAGCAUAUUGAUGUUGUAGCCACAAAGACCCUUUCUACGGAUGGCUUUUAUAUUCCUCUUGCCAAGUUUCAGCUUAUGAAAAGCCCAUUGGUGUUGCAAGAAAAUGUUAAACAAGCGGUUCCAACUUGUUGGGACCCACCAUCUUUGGCAAGCUUUAUUGAAAAUUUUGGGACGCAUGUCAUCACUUCUGUAACUGUUGGUGGUAAAGAUGUGAUUUAUGUUAAACAACAUCAAUCUUCGCCUUUGUCAACCCUGGAAAUUAAAAAAUACGUUCAGGAAAUUGGAAACCAGAGAUUUUCUGACACAGAAAUCCUUGCACGUUCAGGUCAAAUGAAAUUCAAGGAUAAGGGUGUUGAUCCUUGUUUGUUCAAUAGCCAAGGAAUAUAUCCUCAACCCACUGCUGCACCAUAUCUUACCGGGAAAGAAGAUGUGACAGUCAUCUUCCGCAGAAGGGGAGGAGAUGAUCUGGAACAAAACCACACCCAAUGGGCAAGAACUGUCCGGAAUUCCCCAGAUGUCAUUGAGAUGGCUUUUUCCCCUAUAACAGCGCUACUUAAUGGGGUGGUAGGCAAGGAGUAUCUUACCCGUGCUAUUAGUCUGUAUCUUGAAUAUAAGCCUCCUAUCGAAGAAUUGAGAUAUUUUUUAGAGUUUCAGAUUCCUCGGAUAUGGGCCCCUGUACUUGAUAGGCUAACUGGCCACCAAAGGAAGGAACCUGUUUGCCCAUCUUUGCAAUUCAGCAUAAUGGGGCAAAAACUUUAUGUCAGCCAAGAGCAGAUAUCGGUUGGACGUAAGCCGGUAACUGGCUUGCGAUUAUGCCUAGAAGGAAGCAAGCAGAAUCGACUGUGUAUCCAUCUUCAACAUUUAGCUUCUCUUCCAAAGAUCCUUCAGCCAUACUGGGACGCCCACGUGGCUAUUGGUGCUCCAAAAUGGCAGGGACCUGAGGAGCAAGAUAGUCGAUGGUUUGAGCCUGUAAAAUGGAAAAACUUCUCUCAUGUGAGCACUGCACCAGUUGAGAACCCUGAAUCCUUCAUUGGUGACCUCUCUGGCGUCUACAUAGUCACCGGAGCUCAACUUGGAGUGUGGGAUUUUGGGUCAAGAAACGUCUUGUACAUGAAGCUUCUGUAUUCUAGGCUGCCGGGCUGUACGGUACAAAGAUCCUUGUGGGACCAUGCUCCGAAUGGUAAGUCAAGAAAAGCAGUGUCUACGGGUAGCAAUGCCAAUAUGGGUGACUCAAGUUCAGGUUCAAGAGAGAGCUUAGUGGGGAACAAGUUGGUUAAGUUUGUUGAUAUGUCCGAGAUGAGCAAGGGGCCUCAAGAUCCACCAGGUCAUUGGUUGGUUACUGGUGGAAAGCUUGGUGUGGAGAAAGGGAAAAUUGUUUUGAGAGUGAAAUACUCCCUGCUAAAUUACUGAGUUAAAUGUAUGGUUUUGUAUGAAUGAUGUGCAGUGGCAGGCUUUUAUUAGGUACAGAUGCUGUCUUUGAUGCGUAUAUAAUUUGUGUUCGGCAUGCUUCUACUAUUGCAGUGUGAUGGGUUUGAGUUAAAUGAAGAUCUGAGAGGAUGUGUUUUUGGGUGGUUUUGGGGGCUGAUUUCCCUAGAGAUGCUGGCAAAUUCUGUAGAAUAUGUUAAUCCCAUUUCGGCAAAUGACAAAGGUAUUUAGAAAUUUUAGGUAGUUCCUCUGUACAAGAAUGUUAAACCUUUUUUUUUUUUUUUUUAAAUAAGAUAAGUAUUUCUUCUUUUA